ACCGUCGAACAUCGUCGGCGGCGUAGCGGCGACAGCUGACGCUCGUUGUUGAGACGUUUAAACCCCACUCGUUCAUCGGUACGUGUGAUUUUAUGUGAAACCGUCACAAAUCGAUUGAUCUCGUUUUGCGAUGUUCUUUGCGACCACGAUCGCGCGAUUGUCAUUUCGUCGUCGGCAGCAGCACCGGUAUCAUCAUCAAGAAGAACGAUUCAACCCGACAAUCCACUACGCGCGGGCGGCAGCGAGCAAGAUGGCGGCGACCGAAUCAAAAGUCGCGCUCUGCUCGACUUUCGGCGGAUAAUGGUGACCGGCGGCGGCGGCGGCAGCGGCGGUGGUGGUAGCAGCAGCAGCGACGAGGACGACGAGGAGAUUCGCUCGAGAUGCGCAAAACAUUCCGUUAAUUACGUAAAAAUGUUCCGACGACGUAAUAAUAUGCAAAGUGCGAGCUAUUACAACGCAAAUGUAAAAAUUUUCACGCGAAACUGCCGCAACAGCAGCAGCAGCAGACGGGAAUAGAGUAGACCGCGGAGAGACGCGCGCCCGCAUUUACCAGCGGCCAUCGCCGAAAUUCCGGUUCCGUUUUUUCCCCCCCAAAGAGUUUGAAUUCUCCGUAACGGUCAUUCUCUCUCUCUCUCUCUCGAGUCUUUAAGUGUCAAGCGCGUGUUUCUUCUCCUUCACGAGCCCCCGUGUGUAUAAAACAAAUCGGAGGUGUGCGAGCAGUGUCGUCAUCGUCGUCGUCGUCGUCGUCGUCGUCGUCGUCGUCUGGCGAAAUCUCUGUGCGCACACAACACGCAUUCCCUCCAACCGUAUGACGUCUUCUGCGCGGAGUCUCUUAACAACGGCGCACGUUACACACGUAAUUAAAGAUUAGCGCGUGUAGGCAGCAGAGAGACUCCUUUUGCUAGAGUUUAUAUAGAAGACACUUCGCCUAGUUACCCGCCUACUCUCCUACUUACCCUACACCUACCUAAACUACGUAACUACCUACCAGCGUGUUUAUUACGUGCUUGCCUAUAUAUAUGUAUAUAUAUAUAUAUAUAUAUAUAUAUCGCGCUAAUUGAACACUCGCAUUUGCAUUUAACAUCAGGCUGAUGACAGAUCCACCUGAUCGGUAUCUAUUUUACUACGCCGUAUUACAUCCACAAUUGGAUCACGAUGGAAGAUACAAACGAGGUUUUGGUAUGUGCCGCUGAAUUCAUAAAAGAUCGAUUAUAUUUUGUGACUCUUAGAACGCAAAUAAGACCAAAAAGUACUCCAAACACACAUUACUUCAGUAUCGAUCACGAAUUGGUGUAUGAAAAUUUUUAUGCUGAUUUUGGUCCUCUGAAUUUAGCAAUGCUCUACAGGUACUGCCAAAAAGUAAACAAAAAGUUAAAGGGCAUUGCUCUUAGCAAAAAGAAACUUGUACAUUAUACGAGUAUAAUGGAUGCAAAAAAAAGAGUAAAUGCUGCGUUUCUCAUAGGAAGUUAUGCGAUAUUGUACUGCAAGCGUACAGCGCAGGAAGCGUAUGAAUGUUUGACAAAAAGUCCAAAUACUCCUUCUUUCAUCAUGUUCCGCGAUGCUUCCAUCGGACCACCUUGCUAUCAAAUAUCGUUGAAGGAUUGUCUAAGUGCUAUAUACAAGUGCCAUCUACUCGGUUUCUUUAAUUUCGAAGAUUUCUGUUAUAAAGAAUACGAACACUUUGAAAGGGUGGAGAAUGGGGAUUUAAAUUGGAUAGUUCCUGGGAAAUUUAUUGCUUUUUGUGGUCCACACGCAAGAUCUAAGAUGGAAGAUGGUUAUCCACUGCACGGUCCGGAAUCAUAUUUUACGUAUUUUCGUCGUAACAACGUGACAACGGUCGUGCGACUUAAUAAAAAAGUUUACGACGCAUCAAGCUUCACCGACGCCGGUUUUAUUCAUAAAGAUUUAUUUUUUGUGGACGGUUCGACACCAACGGAUUCGAUAAUGCAUCAGUUUCUUAAAAUAGCGGAAAAUGCAAACGGCGCCGUUGCUGUGCACUGCAAAGCGGGUCUUGGAAGAACAGGUUCUCUCAUUGGUUGUUACAUUAUGAAGCAUUAUCAUUUAACAGCUCACGAAACUAUUGCUUGGAUAAGGAUAUGUAGGCCAGGUUCUGUAAUUGGGCAUCAGCAACAGUGGCUAGAGAAGAAAGAGGCAUAUCUUCGAUCAUUGUUAAAGGAACCAUUGCAACCUCAAAAUGGAAAUCCGGUUCAUAAAUAUGGGAUAUAUUCAAUAGCUGGCAGGCCCAGAGCAGUUUCUUUCCAGGGAAAUCUAAAGAGUUUAGUGGAGGAUAAUGUAUCCGGUAUAAUGCAUCGCGUAGACGAGAUAAAAUUGGACGAUCCUGGACCGGUAGCUGGAGCUAGUGCUACUCCUAGAUGUAACACACUGACUCAGGGUGAUAAAUUGUGCAGAAUCAAAGCCAGAAGAAGAGGCAUGUCGAUGACACAAUCUCCUUUCGCAAGUACAACGACGUCUACCGUACAUCCUUAUUUGGGACCUUUGUUACAAACCAGAAGUCAAAAGGGGACUAUUGCGUCUCUAGCGGCAAAUAAAGAGAGAGAUCCUACGAAAAGACUUCUAUCACGUUCAUCUGCAACGACAGUUGUGAAAAGGUCUAAACCGACAACACAGAGCCAUAACAACAAUACAACUUCCACCAAUACAGUUACAUCUUUAACCGUAUCAAAGCCAGUGAGAAAGGCCAAACGUACUUCCUGCAUGGCUGCACAGGCCCAUGCUACAAACUCGUCUGCCAAUCAUACGGUACCGCAGCCGCAACAACGCAUGAAUAUGAUCCUCAGGUCGGCAGACCGAGUUACUCGCUAUUCGCUCAGGCAUGUGCGCACAACAAAAAGUUAUAAAAGUGCAUUUAUCAGAUGACUAACCGAUAUUCCCAGUGGCGUUGGGGAGGACUGUCAGGUAACUGGAGCAUCUCACCAGCGCCGAAGAUCUCAUCGCUUAAAUCCCAUCAUUCAGUAAAAAAAAAGCACUUCGCACUGAUCUUCAACCCUUCAGUUCAAGCAAGCUUUAUCCAGACUUUUGUAUCUCAAAAAUCAACGAAGAUCUAUAAAAAAAAAAACUAUUAUUAAUCAUCAACACUGCAUCAUUUGUUAAUAUAGUUUCUUAUCAUAUCUGUGUAUCUUGGGAUAUGAAUUUGUUGCAGUGGCAUUUAAUAUAUAGCUUAUACAGUUUUUAACCGUUCUUCCAAAAAAAAAAAGUCAAAGUAUUGAAUUUGUUAUAUCUUCAUGAAAAAAAGUUUAUUAAAUUCUUGUUGUUCUUUCACUUUAAUCUUCUGCUGGUCAGAGAAUAAGGACUUGUAGAUACAUUUUUUCAAAAAUCAUGCCGAUCAUUUAUAUAAACCAUUUAUGUAUAUAAGAUCUGUUCUCAAUAAUUUUUUCAGUUUUAUCAAAAAUUUUUUUAACGUUUGCGUAUUCUUUUUGCUACAUUUAGUAAACAUAUAUUUUAUACGCAACCUAAGAUACAUUCCUCUUUCACAUUGAUUUAAGUUUUUAUUUACCUUAUGAGAAAAAGAAAAAGAUUGAUUAUUUUUAUCGCGUUAUAAAAAAAAUAAAAUAAAAUUAUAAUAUUUUUUUAUAUAAAAAUACUCGUUUUCCUAUGAGUAAUAAGUGAUUUUUACUAUUGUUAUGUAAAUUCUAAAAGACGGCCUCGAAGUAAACAUCUCUACAU